UUCCCGUCGAGUUGGGGUGGCACCGCGCCAGCUAUGGGUGCGUCUCUCCACUCCGCUGACAUACUGGAGGCAAUCUGAGACGGUGCAGCGAGGGAAAACAUUAUUUGGCCGGUUAUUAGAGAAGCUAACGCAGGUGUUUGCUGCUGGCUGCAGCUAAAUGAAGCCGUCCUUCAUAAGCGGCCUCAUUCUGUUUACUGGGAAUAUUAGCACUGUGUGUGUGUGUGUGUGUGGGUGAGAGUGGGUGGUUCUCUCUCCCUCCCAAUGUGUGGUGCUGGUCAGGGGAUCGGCAUGGCGGCCAAGGUGGUAAUGUACCGCAGCCAUGAGGAGCAAACGUCCCAGAUGGCUCAGGGCAUGGCGCUCGCCUCGCAGAUCAAACGCAAGAAAUUCACCUCCAGCGAUGAAGAGGCCUCCUACAGUGACUACUAUCCCAUCAUACCUGGUGAUGUGAUGUCCGUCAAGGAGAUCCUGACCACCCCCAAGUUCCCCCGCCACCGCACCUGGGAGGUUCUGAAGGAGACAAUGGACGCAGACGAGCUGCGUGAGAGGGAGAAGUGGACCCUGUUUGGCAACGAGGUCGAGAAGGUGGAGAUUGACGUCAUACGAAACCAGCAGAUGAUCCGAACCCGAAUGGACCGCAUGGCUCUACGCCAGGAGCUGCAUAAGAAGAAGAUGGUCCACAUGAAGUACCUGGAGGACCUGAGCAUGAAGGCCCCGGACUUCCCCAUCCCACUGCGAGCCCAUACCGUGUGGGAGGGUAUGGGGGUGAAGCUCUCCUGCACCGUCCAGGGCUCCCCUGAGCCCAAAGUCACCUGGUAUAAAGAUGGGGUCCCUCUGAUUAAGUCUCACCAGCCCUGGAGAUACACUCUGGUCCAGGCGUUUGGCCUCAACACUCUGGAGAUCAGGAGAUGCUGUGCUGAGGAUGCUGGAGAAUAUAAGGCGGUGGCGAAAAGUUCUCUGGGAGAAGCUACCACCUUCGCUACUCUCCACAUAAACUCCUAUGAGGGACCGCAGGCAGGCCUAGAGAUUUCACGGACCCCACUUCCAGUUGUGGAGCGGGAGGCGCUGUUUGGGUCGACCUUUGCCCCGACCUUCGUGAAGGAAGGGGAGAUUCUCACUCUGCGCUGCAGCUUCAGUGAGCCGCUACUGCCCUUUCAACAAGACGUGGCCUGGUUCAGAGAUGGGGUCCCCCUGAGAACAUCUAGUCGCCUGCAGGUGCACACAGCUCUCCGCUCCUGCUCUCUAACUCUCAACUGUGUCCAGAAGGAGCACGAGGGCCUGUACAAGGUCCGCCUGCGCACCUGGACAGGUUACACUGAACACAGUGCCUACAUCUACGUCAAAGAUGCCUCCUCUGUUGUGCCUGGAGGCCCCGGCUCCCCUCUGCUGCUGGAGGUGUCUGACGUGAACAGGGACUACGUGUUCCUGCGCUGGCAGCCCCCCAGUGCUGACGGAGCCUCGCCCGUCCAGGGCUACUACAUAGAGAGGAUGGAAAUUGGUGUUGGGAAGUGGGUGCACUGUAACAAGGAUGUGCAGAAGGCCUGUUACUAUCCGGUGACAGGCCUGAACGAUGGCACCAUGUACCAGUUCCGCGUGUGUGCUGUCAACCAGGCUGGGGUUGGCCGCCCCUCCAAACCCACCGAGCCUAUGUUCACCUCUGACCCCAACGAACCCAGCAGGACUAUGGUGAUCAAAGUGGAUCGUGGGAGAGAGGUCAUCAUCACCAAGGAUGAGCUGGAAGGUCGGAUCCGAGUCCCGUUCUCCCCGACUGAUGUGCGUGUGUGUGAGCUGAGUGACACGUACGCCGUGUUGUGUUGGAACGAGCCGGAACCACGGGGCAAAGAGCUGCUCACCUUCAAUGUGGAGCGGUCCAUUGAGGGGAAGAACAGUUGGUGUUUGGCCAGCAUGGACACAGUGGUCAGCUCCCCAAGAUUUGUCGCCUUUAACCUCCAGAAGGGCACAUCCUACAACUUCCGUGUGCGUUCGGUCAACAAAUACGGUGUGAGUGAUCCAUCUGAGCCAAGUGAACCAGUCACGCUGGGGAAAGCUCAAGCAACACCUCCUGCUCCUAAGAGCGUCCAGGCCACGAGGGACACCGACUCGUCUGUCCUGCUGCAGUGGACAAAGCCCAAGGACAUAGAGGGCAUUCUAGGAUACUAUCUGUACUUCAGUGAGGCUGGGAAGAGUGAAUGGAGGACCAUCAACAACAAACCCAUCACCGCAAACAGAUUUACUGUCCAUGGCUUGACCAAGGGGAAGCAGUAUGUGUUCCGCGCGAAGUCCGUGGGACGUGCCGGAAACAGCCAAUACUCUGACGAGUCAGAACCGGUCCUGGUCAAAUCGGCCGUAUAUGUCCCAUCCCCUCCGUCGGCCAUUGCCCUGCUCCACUGCUCUGGCUCGGAGAUGCUGCUCAACUGGAGAGCUCCGUUCUGGGACGGCGGCUCUCCUGUCCAGGGCUACUACCUGGACCAGAGAGAGAAGGCCGAGACCACCUGGCGUGAGGUGAACAUCAAGCCCAUCAAAGAGCGACUCUUCAAGGUAACUAAUCUCCAUGAGGGGCAGUACUAUCAGUUCCAUGUGUUUGCUGCAAAUAUUGUCGGCACUGGCAAGCCCUCAAAUCCCAGUGAGUUUUUUCUGUGUGAGGAAUGGACAAUGGCAGAGCCAGGCCCCCCCUAUGACCUGGAGUUCCGUGAGGUCCGCAGGAACUCCCUGGUGCUCAUGUGGGCAGUGCCUGUGUAUAAGGGCCAAUCAGAGAUCAGCGGCUAUAUGAUUGAGCUCAGCGAAGGGCAGGAGUCUGAGGACUGGACACCUGUGAAUGAGGAGCCAGUCACAAGCACUCACUUUAAGGUAUCUGGCCUCAAAGCAGGUCAGACAUAUCGUCUGCGUGUCUCUGGUGUCAAUGAAGCUGGUGUGGGCAUGCCCUCCCUGCCCUCUGAGCCAAUCACAGCUCAAACUAAACCAGGAACUAAGGAGGUGGAGAUUGGAGUGGAUAACGAUGGCUUUAUUUACCUGGCCUUUGAGGCGGAUGAAAUGACCAAGGACAGCAAGUUUGUCUGGAGCAAGAACUAUGACGAGGCUAUUGAUGCCGGAAGAGUCAGGGUGGAGACUACGAAUAAUAAGUCCGUUCUGACCUUCCUUGAGCCGACUGAGGAAGACCUGGGCCUGUACACAGUGGAGCUUAGCGACAACCCUGAAGCCUCCUCCAGCUACACCUUCACUGCUGAGGACCUCGAGCGUCUCACAGAGUUGGGCUGGCACAUCAGAAACCCAUUGAUCCAGCUGAAGUCAGGCUGGAAAGUGGACGUGUCGGAGCAGGGUAAUGUUCGCCUGUGGCUACAGACUGAAGCCCUGUCCAAUGCUGCUGAACUGAGGCUCAUCCUCAACGACAAAGAGAUCUCCAGCACACAGGCCCGCAAGAUCAACUUUGACAAGGCCAAUGGUCUGGUGGAGAUCCUGUUUGACCAGCUGUCCAGGGAGGAUGAGGGCUCGUACACUGCACAGAUGAGAGACGGCCGUGCCAAGAACCAGUUCACCCUGGCGUUUGUGGAUGAGAAGUUCCGACAGACUUUGGCCAAAUCCCAGGCCAACAGACGGGACUGGAAGAGAAAAGCGGGACCUCACUUUGAGCAGUUUUUGUCUUGGGUCGUGACACCAGACUGUGAGAUGAUAAUGACAUGCAAGGUGACCAACAUAAACAAGGACACCACUCUGAAGUGGUUCAAGGAUGGAAUGGAGCUGAAGCAGGCGGUCACUGACAUGAGCAAAUGCAUUAGCACCCUGACCAUUCCUCAGGUGACCAAGGGGGAGGCAGGUGUGUACAAGGUAGUGGUGUCGGACAGCAGAGGGGAGGACGAGAGCGUUCUGGAGCUGCUGAAUGAAGAGUUCGACCGGCUCAUGCAGCACCUGAGUAAAGCCUGUGCCUUGUCUGCUAGUCCAAUGAGGAUCCAGUGCACUGCUGAAGGCUUCAAGCUCUACUGUUCCCUGAAGUAUUACCUGAGCUACCUAAAGACCAGCUGGCACUUCAAGGAGAGGAGGAUUGAUCUGGACGAGAGGACAAAGCCUGGAAGCAGCAUGCUGAAGCUGUGGAUUGAGAUCUUCCAUCCAACUGAGAGCGAUAAGGGGAAGUACACUCUGGAGAUGUUCGAUGGUGUGGACACUCACAAACGGUCACUGGACCUGUCUGGCCAAGCAUUUGAUGAUGCCAUGUUGGAAUACCAGAGACUGAAGCAAGUUGCGGUGGCCGAGCGAAACCGAGCUCGAGUUACCAAGGGCCUGCCUGAUGUGGUGGCUAUCAAGGAGGAAAAGUCUCUGUGCCUCACCUGCUUUGCUGAUGGGGAACCAGCGCCAGAGAUGUUCUGGCUGAAGAACGACAGAGAAGUAGUCACCAGAGACCAGUUCCACGUCGCUAAGGAACACAAGUGCUCCACCCUCACCAUCAACAAAGUCACUAUGGAAGACUCUGGCAACUAUAGCAUCUUUGUACGCAACCAGUAUGGCACUGAAACGGUUAAUGUGACCGUGAGUGUUUAUAAGCACGGGGAAAAGCCUCGCGCUGAUGCAGUGGAGAUGUAGUGUCACUGAGGCCCAUGACUUCCAAGGGAGCCCUGCCUGCUGUUUGACAUCUUCAUAGUAGCUUUCAUGAGAAAUGCCAUUACCAGAUGCACCUGUUGCAUUAAUGCUUGUUUGUGUUACGGUGCAUUGGCUUUUGACAGCAACACCCAAAUAAAAAUAAUAAUAACAA